AUGGAAUUUAAUGCCUAAAAGAGUGUGUUUGAAUUGCUUAGACUAUCCUUUCCUUAAUAGAUAUUAGAAAAUACAUUAAUAAAUUACAAGACAUAUUUAUAUAGGAUAUUAAAUUUAAAAACAUAAUAUUAGGAUAUAGAUGAAAUUAUAAUAGAGAAGGAAAUCAAUGAGAUUGAUAAUGUAUGUAUAAAAUAAUAAUGAAAAAGAAAGUGUUAUAAAAUAGAUUAAGAGAUUGCAUUAUGUAAGUGCAAAAUUCUAAAAGUCAAAAAAAACAGGAGAUAAUUUACUUUCUUUUAAGAGUUAGUUAAUUAGUAAGAUAAGAUAUUUUUAAUAAGAGUUAAAUAAAGCCAAUAUUUGAUAAUUUAUAUCCUCUAAAAUAAUCAAUAGAUAUUGAGAAUUAAUAGUCAACAAAUUAGACAAUAAAUAAGUUAGAAAAUAGUUUAAUAAAAAGUAUGAUUCUAGAAAGAUAAUAAGUAAAAAAUUAUAUAAAUAUAGAAUAGUAUUGCUUAAGAAAUAAAUAAUGGAGAUUUGAUGAAAGAUUUAUUGUUUUGUUUGUAAGGAAUAGAAGGUCAAUAUAUUUAAUUUGAUGCAUCAUCAGAUUCAUUUUGUUUAAGAAAAGAUGUUAAUGUAUCAAUAUCAGUAAGAUAAUUAAUAAAUUUGAUUUCUGAAUGUGGAUGGUUAUAUAAGAAGAUUUAUUCAUUUUGUUAAAUCCAAUAAUCAAAUCUUAUAGUUCAGGCACUUUAAAAUACAAUUAAAUUAGAAUUAUCUGAAUAUUAUAAAUUAAUAGCAAAUUUAGAAGGGUUGAUUCUAUCUUCAUAAUGUAAUAAUUUAGAUAUUUAUAUAGUGAUUACUUUAAAGAGAAUAUAUUUUCAUCUCUAAUCUUCUUAUAAUUAUAUGUUGUUUAUUAAUUAAUUACUUUCCAUAAUCUAAACUAAUGCAUCUCUUGGAACUACUUCAACUUUAAUAAUAAAUGUUCUUGAACAAUUUUCAAAACAUGGAUGUUCUAAGACAGCAGAACUUUUUAUACGUUUAUAAUAAGCAAGUUGUUAACCUUUAAUUAAAUAUAUAAAUUAAUGGAUGUUCGAAGGUAAUCUUCUUGAUAUAGCAAAUGAAUUUUUUAUAGAAAGAGAUGAAUAAAAAUUAUUAAUUAAAGAUUAAGGAGAAUUAUGGAGAAAAUAAUUUAGGAUUAAUUAUGAUAAAAUACCAGUUGUAAUUUCAUAUGAUGAAGCGUAUAAAAUCUAUGAUACAGGUAGAGCCAUAAAUUGGUUGAGAAAAUAAUGUGAUAAUAAAAAUUGUUAUUUGAAUAUCUAACCAUUAACCAUUAAUAUGCUUUAAACUGAUUAAUUAUCUUAAUUAAUUAAUUAAGCCAAUAAAAAUGCUAAUUAACAAAUUGUUAAUUUGCUAUUUGAUAAAUUUAAAUUAAUGGAACAUUUUAAUAUUAUGAGAUAAUAUUUUUUAUUAGGGAAUGGAAAUUUCUCUUAAUUAUUUAUUGAAACCCUCUACUCAGAAUUAUCAAAAAAUGCACAUUUAAUUUAUAAACAUACCUUAACUAGUUUACUUGAAUCUACACUUAGAUAUAGUAAUGCAAAUUAAAUGGUUUAAUAGAGAUUUUCAGUCAAAUUAUUAGAGGCUUAAAAAAAUGAUAUAGGCUGGGAUAUUUUUUGUUUAGACUAUGAUUUUUAAGAACCACUUAAAACUAUUUUUAAUCAUAGAGCCAUGCUUAGUUAUUAUGAAAUUUUUAAUUACUUAUAACGUAUUAAACGGGUAGAGUACACACUUAAUUAAUCAUGGAUUUAAUAAAUUAAAAAUAAGCAUCAAUUAAAUACGAAAUCAAAUGUAAACAAAGCAUUGAAUUUAAGUUUGUAAAUCAUGAAUUAAAUGAUUCAUUUUAUUAAGAAUUUCUUUAGUUAUUUGAUGUUUGAUGCUAUUGAAACUCCUUGGAAAAAAUUUAUGGAUUAAAUUAAUACAAUAACAAAUUUAGAUCAACUUAUUUAGUUACAUGAAUAAAUAUUAAAUGAAAUUAUUGAAAAUACAUUUUUACAUCAAAAACAAGAAGAAAUUCAAAUAGUAUUGCUUAAAUUAUUUGAAAUUUCAUUCAGAUAAAAAAAAAAUUAAGAACAUCUCUUUCUAUAUGUAAGAGAAUUAGAGAAAUAAGGUCGAAGUGAUAAAUUAGAAUAAUCCUUCGAUUCAAUUAAAUCAUAAGUAAAUACUCCAAAUUAUAAUUAAAAUAUUGAUACAUCUUUUAAAGAAUAAGAAAUUAUUAAAUUAUUGUUACAAUUAAGAUAAAUGUAUAGAGAAUAAAUGUUGGAAUUGAUUAGGCAUCUCUAAAAUGAAGAUAAACUAAAAUUUUUAUUAUUUAAGCUAGAUUUCAAUGAAUACUACUAUUUGUUANAUAAAAUACCAGUUGUAAUUUCAUAUGAUGAAGCGUAUAAAAUCUAUGAUACAGGUAGAGCCAUAAAUUGGUUGAGAAAAUAAUGUGAUAAUAAAAAUUGUUAUUUGAAUAUCUAACCAUUAACCAUUAAUAUGCUUUAAACUGAUUAAUUAUCUUAAUUAAUUAAUUAAGCCAAUAAAAAUGCUAAUUAACAAAUUGUUAAUUUGCUAUUUGAUAAAUUUAAAUUAAUGGAACAUUUUAAUAUUAUGAGAUAAUAUUUUUUAUUAGGGAAUGGAAAUUUCUCUUAAUUAUUUAUUGAAACCCUCUACUCAGAAUUAUCAAAAAAUGCACAUUUAAUUUAUAAACAUACCUUAACUAGUUUACUUGAAUCUACACUUAGAUAUAGUAAUGCAAAUUAAAUGGUUUAAUAGAGAUUUUCAGUCAAAUUAUUAGAGGCUUAAAAAAAUGAUAUAGGCUGGGAUAUUUUUUGUUUAGACUAUGAUUUUUAAGAACCACUUAAAACUAUUUUUAAUCAUAGAGCCAUGCUUAGUUAUUAUGAAAUUUUUAAUUACUUAUAACGUAUUAAACGGGUAGAGUACACACUUAAUUAAUCAUGGAUUUAAUAAAUUAAAAAUAAGCAUCAAUUAAAUACGAAAUCAAAUGUAAACAAAGCAUUGAAUUUAAGUUUGUAAAUCAUGAAUUAAAUGAUUCAUUUUAUUAAGAAUUUCUUUAGUUAUUUGAUGUUUGAUGCUAUUGAAACUCCUUGGAAAAAAUUUAUGGAUUAAAUUAAUACAAUAACAAAUUUAGAUCAACUUAUUUAGUUACAUGAAUAAAUAUUAAAUGAAAUUAUUGAAAAUACAUUUUUACAUCAAAAACAAGAAGAAAUUCAAAUAGUAUUGCUUAAAUUAUUUGAAAUUUCAUUCAGAUAAAAAAAAAAUUAAGAACAUCUCUUUCUAUAUGUAAGAGAAUUAGAGAAAUAAGGUCGAAGUGAUAAAUUAGAAUAAUCCUUCGAUUCAAUUAAAUCAUAAGUAAAUACUCCAAAUUAUAAUUAAAAUAUUGAUACAUCUUUUAAAGAAUAAGAAAUUAUUAAAUUAUUGUUACAAUUAAGAUAAAUGUAUAGAGAAUAAAUGUUGGAAUUGAUUAGGCAUCUCUAAAAUGAAGAUAAACUAAAAUUUUUAUUAUUUAAGCUAGAUUUCAAUGAAUACUACUAUUUGUUAUCAUAAGAAAAACUAUUUUCUUUAGGAUUUGAUAAGUAAUUUAUUAUAUUCUAUAUCCAGAUUAUUAUAACAGUGUAUUCCCAUUUAACCUAAAGAUAUGGGUAGUUAAAAAGUUCUAUCUGAAAAACCUUAACUUUAAUAAUAAAAGCAUUUGGCACCCUAAUUCAAUCAAAAAUCAAAGACUAUCAUCCAACAAGAUUAUAACUAGAUAAAAGAAGGAAGUAUAUAUUUCUAUCAUAUCAAAAGUAAGACUGUUUGAAGAAUAAAAGAAAUAAAAAGAAAAUUAAUAAAAACACUAAUAAUCAUCUAAACGAAGAGAAGCUUCACAAGAAUUUUAAAAACCGAUCUUUAGGCCUCUUUUACCUACACAAUAACCAUAAUAACCUUUACUUACUCUAAGUCAAAUAAAUAAAUAAUCUGCUGCUUCUUCUAUCUCUCCUAAUAAUAUAUUCUAGUCUUCACCUUUACAAAGUUUUUAAUAAUAAUUUGAAUAAUAAAUUUUAUAAUAAUAAUAGAUAAACCAAAAACUUUAAUAAUUGCAAUUGUAGUAAUAAUAAAUUUAAUAAUAUCAAUAAUUUUAAUUAAAACCUUAAGUAAAAACAUAGUUACCACCAAAAUUUAGUACUUCCCCUUUCCAAAAACAAUCAUAUCAACAAAAUUAAAAUAGUUCUGUACCAUUUUCCCAAAAUUAAAGCCAAUCUUAAAUAAGUAUUUUAUAUCCUAAUAAAAAUGAUCUGUCGUUUUCUUAAGAUGAGAAUCUCCAACAAUUAAUGGAAAAAUAAUUUAAUUUUGAUGAUGACAGCAUUAAUGAAGAUUUAAUUUGA